UUGUCCACAGCCAGGGUAUGCAGCCCCACUCUUGUCGCAGCCUGCCCUUUGUGUGUGUGUGUGUGUGUGUGUGUGUGUGUGUGUGUGUGCAUCGUUCUGUUGUCGCAUUUAUUCAGAUGAAUCGCAAGGAGGCCACGUGAGUGCCAGUGAAUGCAUUGCUUGUGUUCCCAGGACUGCGGCGUGAAGUGCCUCUCACGUGCUUCCACAAACCACAAUAACUCCUGCUUAUAGAGAUGUGCGAGCGUAUUCGUGGUAUGUAUGAUUUAUGUAUAUAUGCGUGAUAUGUGUGUGUGUAUGUGUGUGUGCGUGUGUAGUUGUAUGUACGUUUGUUAGUGCGUGCGUGUAGGUGUGCGCGGGGUGGGUGCUGGUGUCGGGUAUUGACUGGCCGCCACACUCUCGCGGCGGCCACCACUCGCUCCGCACCUCUCGCUCCGCCUCUGCCAGUCACCAUGGCCACCAACGGCGCCGCCACGAACAGUUCCUCCUCCUCCGCCUCGUCCAACAGCGGACAGGCGCCCCCGGAGCAGCAGGCUGGACAGAACAUGAACGCCAUCGUGCAGGUGUUCCCCCCCAUCGUGGAGCUGAACGUGGGGGGCGUAUUCUACACCACGGCCCUCACCACCCUGCAGCGCGUCACCGAGAGCCUCCUCGGCCAAAUGUUCAGCGGCAAGUCCAAGACUCCGGUGCUACGGGACUCCAAAGGCAAAUUCUUCAUAGACCGUGACGGAGUCCUCUUCAGAUACAUUCUGGACUUGAGGAAUCAGAAACUCGUGCUGCCAGAGAACUUCAGCGAGCGGGAGAGGCUGAAGAAGGAGGCGGAGUUCUUCCAGCUACAGGAUAUGUUGGACUCCCUCACGUUGCCCAAGUCACUAAGCCCCGUCGACCCGGCGUAUUCGGUUCGGACCUCCGUCGGGACCAUCACAGUUAGUUAUCGCGGGACUUUCGCCUUCGGUCGUGACGGACUGGCUGAUGUGAAAUUCCGCAAACUGAGCCGAAUCCUGGUGUGUGGCCGAGUGACGCUUUGCCGUGAAGUCUUUGGUGAGACAUUGAAUGAAUCUCGUGACCCUGACCGCGGUGCAACAGAUCGCUACACUGCUCGAUUCUUCCUGAAGCACACGUUCCUCGAGCAAGCCUUCGACAUGCUUGUGCUGGCCGGCUACAAGUGUUGCGGCUCGUGCGGCACCAGCACCGCGGGCGGCAUCAUGGUGGACAAGAAGCCCGGCAUGGACAACGAGGAGGACCGAUGGAACCACUACAACGAAUUCGUGUGGGUGAGAGAAUAAUGUGAAGCGGGGGUCAGUGGGGCGGUGUCCAGUGCUACAGUACCGCCCACAGGUGUCAGCAAGUCCCUCUUCUGACGACCCCCAGCUUAGUUAGCGGUCAGGGCCAAGGGGGUCAGCAACACGCGGCUUCCGGUCCACAGUCACCAUGUCGUCAACGCUGCGACAGUAGUGAUGGUGAACUGAGUCUUCUUUUUAUUGGUGACAUCCAAAGUUCGCAACAACUUUAUCUGGCAGUGUUAUUAUGGCUUGUAGAAACAUACGGCUAUAUGCAAAUAUAUAUAUAUAUAUAUAUAUAUAUAUAUAUAUAUAUAUAUAUAUAUAUAUAUAUAUAUAUAUAUAUAUAUAUAUAUAUAUAUAUAUAUAAAAGUUAUUGGAUUAAACACGUACCAGAAAAUCGACCUGAAAAAGUUGUUAAUUACGGAUGAGAUUGAUGAACCUCAAAAAAAUUCACGCGCCCCGAAACAUUGGCUUAAAGUGACAACCCACGUGCCAUGUGACCCACGCACGUCGCCGAUGUUGUUCACGACUAUAAAUUAUAUCAUUGUUCUGAUCACAAUCACGUUCCUGUAAAUAUUCGGUGAGUGAAAACAAAGAGGCUCGGAAAAUAUUUACUUUAGAAUUCAGUGAUUCAUUUUAUGCGUUGUAAAAAGAUAUAAUGCAUCUCAAACUUUGAAACAGUGAAAGAUUCCAUAUCGAAGUAAUCUCGCUAGUGCUAAGCUGCCCCGCUGCCGAGUGCCGCACGUUGGGCCUCGUGCGGCGUGUACCACUCCCGGCACCAGCACGCGGCCGCACCCCUCGGCAAGCCGCGCCGUACAAUACAAAACACCAUCACCAUUGCAGGAGUAAAUUCGCACAGACAAUUCAAGAGAAGUUUUAGCCCUCCAGUACACGGCCUUUAACCAAUCUUCAUAAUAAAAGAAUAAAGUUACAGUUUCCAUUCCCACUCAGGCUUAAAUUUAGCCGAGUGCAUAAAUCAAAACACAGCUGUCCAGUGGCACGUUUGCCUGCCUGUUUCAUGUUUACUUGUGUUGACGUUUGUGUGCUGAUCUCCUCCCCAGCAGGAGCACCGAGCAUCUCAGUGUUUCAGAUUAUCCGAUCCAGUACGGGCUCCCGGGCCUCGCGUGGUCGGGGCCCCGAGGCGUGGCUGCCGGGGACCUCUCGUGUGUGUCUGGGGAGGAGGAUCUCUUUGCUCUCCCGUACAGCUUCAUGUCAGAAAUGUAGUUAGGAUACUUGCCAAAUGAUCCCUUCGAGUGUAUUUUGUGUUACUCGGACAGACAAUUGGAACAAUUGUGAACAUUUCAAGUGAUACAUAUCCCGUCAUCUUGCUCCGCCAGCCCGCGCCAGGCAGGAGGUGGCAUCCCAGCCUCUCCCCGCCCUCGUCCUCACCUGGCGGCACGCAGCUUGCGGGAGGAGGGUGGCGGAGGAGGCUGAGGCAAGUCGGUCGCCGCCCCGCCAAACAACCACCAUCAGCACUCAGGAGCUCGAUCAUGGCCAGGAGCUCCCUUAGCGAGUGCGGUAUGUGCCUCUCCCGAGACUGGGGGAGCCACAGGGCGGACAAGAUAACAAAAUUCCCGGGACGACUCUCUCCUACACGCGGGUCUUCUGUUCAUCUGGUAAACCUGACGGCGAUUCGAAUUACUGAGGUUAAAUUCGCCCCAAAUCCCCAAAUGAACUUUAGACUUGUGUUAGGACCACUUUCUGUCUCUCGUGCCCCUUAGCGUCACUGUUAACGAGAGACCUCAGCGGACCAUCUCCAUGACUAGCUUGUAAGACCCGUUCCCCCAGGCGGCGCCGGCGGGGGCUUCUUAAUUUUUUGAGCGCUUUUCGUACCUAAUUUGAGGGAAGCUGCGGGCUGUGGGGGAUACCUCGCCUGUCUGUACCUCCUCCCUUACCACCCGCCACCACACCCAUCCUGCCACACCCCUCCCCCCCUGUCACCCAAACACUUGCCCUGCCUGCACACCCACAUGCAUUCACUAUAAUCCCACACCUGCUUCACCACAUCCACACACCAGCUCCACUACAUCCUCACACCUGCCUCUCCCCACCCUUGCCUCUCACCACACCUAUGCACCUGCCAGUACUACACCCACACACCUGCUUCACCCCACCCACGCACCUGCUCCAUCCCACUCCUAUAUCUGUCCCCCAAAGCAACACACCUAUCCUACCAUAACACACCUGCUCCAUCCCAUCCCGACAUCUGUCCCCCAUAGCCACACACACGUCCUACCAUCACACACCUGUUCCGCUAGAAUCAAACACCUGCCGGUACCAUACUCACACACCUUCCACACCUGCCAUUACCACACCUACACAUCUGCCCCACCUCACCAGCACACGUACUCUUAUAACACCCACACAUCUGCUCCACCACCCUUGCCUCUCACCACACACCUGCUGAAUCACACGCCUGCCAAACCCGCAGAUCUAUCCCUUCAUGACACCACAGCUACCUUUUAUAUAAUGACCAAACAAUUACAAUCUAAAGUUUUAGUUUUACAGAAACAAAAAAGAAAUUAGCCACAUACAAUAUAUAUUUUUCCAAGCUUUUAACAUAUAUAUUCUUCUACUUGUAUGAGAGAGAGAGAGAGAGAGAGAGAGAGAGAGAGAGAGAGAGAGAGAGAGAGAGAGAGAGAGAGAGAGAGAGAAUUAAAUGUGUUUUUGUCAGUUGUACAGUAACAGAGAUUGUGAUGUAUGAAUUGUUAAUCCUUAAAUCGCCCUUUGUGUGUGUGUGUGUGUGUGUGUGUGUGUGUGUGUGUGUGUGUGUGUGUGUGUGUGUGUGUGUGUGUGUGUGUGUGUGUGUGUGUGCGCGCGUUUGUGUGUGUAUCAAUUGACACUGAUUUUAUUUCGCAUCAUUUCAUCCACACACACAAAAACAAAACUGGUUAGGGAAAGGAGGUCUCUCUCUCUCUCUCUCUCUCUCUCUCUCUCUCUCUCUCUCUCUCUCUCUCUCUCUCUCUCUCUCUCAUCCUCUCCCUCUCCCUCUCCCCCCCACUCCCCCACAGUCCUCAGCUUCAUUGAUGAACACGUGAAGUAUACAUAAAUGAAUAUAUUAAAAAGAAGUCUAUAAAUAUAAAUAAAUAAAUACACGUACUUUUAAUCCUAAUACAAUAGUUACCGACAACGACAUAGUGAGGCUUUGAUCCUGUUGAGCAGUACUACUAUACUCCCUCUUAGCUCAGUCGUUCCUAGUGAGCAUUACUUGCCCCCACGAAGGCUCCCCGCGGUCCACCUGUCCACCGCCUGCUCGUCUGUAGCGUAGUGGCAGGUGACGCGGGGAAGCCUCGUGGGGGACACUACCAAGGCAGCUUCAAUACAUACUUAUAUAUAUUCUACGUAUAUCACGACUGUCACUGUACUCUUUCCCUCUAGCACAGCCGCUGCCGCUACCAACGCACGGCGGGUCAUUGUUAUCACUACUUCCCACUACCUACUGUUACUUUCCUGGUUCAGUUCCCAUCGCCACAGUAGUUGUGUGUUCCAGCGGCUCUGCUUCUUACUUAUGAUUAUUAUUGGUGAUGAUGAUGAUGAUGAUGAUUGACGUGUUUGGUGAAGGGUUUUUAGGAGGUGGUUGUCAAAUUUUGCUUUAGGAUAGAAUCACAGGAGCCUUGUGGCAUUACGCUGUACCAGUAUUAUGAUUAUAAGUAACCUUUGUGAUUCUAGAAGUUAAGUGGCGGCCUGUGACCAGGUGUCGAGGUGCUGGGGAGGACCAUGUGCCCCUGCCUCCACUGCCUCCGCCUGGUGACUCACUCCCCGCGCCCUGGCCCAUCCAGUGCCCCUCUCGUGUCCCUCACAUCCCCUCUGGCUGGUAAAACGUAGCGGGACAUUCGUACAGGAGCAGCAGCUGUCGCAUCUUAGCGCUAAUCAAAACAAUCUCCUUGCUAUUUUAGUCCACUUGGCACAGGCGGGCCCGCGGCGUGAGGAGUGAACCGGCGGGAGGGAGGCGAGGGAGACAGUGGCAGUAGUCACGCCACAGCCUCCUGACGAGCGCUGCUUUGUAUAGUUUGAGGGUCGACGGUGCUGCGCUGGUUUUGUGUGGAGGUGCAGCGCGGAACAAGGUGCUGUCCUACGUGGCGGCAGCGAGGUGGUGGUUUGUUGUAUGUGUGCACUUGUGAAGGCCGCGAUCCCAGUGCGUGGCUGUGGAGGAUAUUCUUCUGCGCGCGAGGCGUGUUGCACCGGGACAUGGAACACCUGAAGGGACUUCCUGGUGGCUGGAGCGCAAUAGUCUUGUGGGCAAAGAGAUUAAUUGUGGGUGAAUAUGUUACAACACUGAGGUUAUGUGGCGUAGGGGGGGAAACGAGUAAUAUGUUGAGAUGGUUUUCUGAGAUGUAAUGACAGACAAUAUUUGAGAUGGUUUUCUGAGAUGUAAUGACAGACAACUCUUGCCAUUCACGCUAAUACAUUGCCUACUCUUUGACACACACACACACACACACACACACACACACACACACACACACUCACACACACACACACUCACACACACCAGAUUCACCCUGAAAUCAUAUUCGCAUCAGCCCGCCACUCCCGCCGUCACGCCGCCCAUAAAUUCAGAUUAAUUUCCCGGGCACAGAGCUUGUGUGUCACUGGCCACUCAUUCAUCACUGAUCGCCGUGACCCUGAAUUAGUGGCAUGUAGUAUUAUAAGGAUUUCUCAGGUGGUAUGAGAGAGAGAGAGAGAGAGAGAGAGAGAGAGAGAGAGAGAGAGAGAGAGAGAGAGAGAGAGAGAGAGAGAGAGAGAGAGGUACGUACAUUUGAUCUCAGGGAAGAUAAACAAGAGUUGAAGCUUGUUAUGCAAGGUCUUAUUAGAAGUGAUUUGAUGAGCUAACCUGAUAUUGAUAAUUUCUUUUAAGCGAGAAGUAAUAAUUACUUGGCCAGAUAGAUUACGGGAAAGAAGAGGAGAAAGAAGAAGAGGAUGAGGAGGAUGAGGUAGAAUAUUGGUAGUGAAAAAGAUAGGUAGAAAAGGACAGGUGACAUUGCGUUAGGUUAGACUUAAACAAAGGAAUUAAGUAUCAGAAGUAAAUGUAAACCAGGUGUAUUUGUGUAUAUGUAUUUAUAUAUGUAUGCGCGGCUAUAUGUACCUCCACCAUGCACCACCACCCUCAGGAACCAGUCCCUCAUUAAAAACCCGAUGAGUAAAGUUGGACGCUUUUCUAUGUAAGGGUGAAGAGACCCUGGUUAAGGCCCGCAUUUCCAAACUUUACCCUAUCGCUGCCUUUUUCUCGUUCCCUCUCCUUUCCCCUCCUCUUUGUCCUCCUCCUGUUACUUCUUGUACUCCCUCGUGCCUUACCACGUGACGCAGGUGAGGCAGCAAGGGAUCGGAGAGAGCGAGGGGACAGGUAAGUUGCAAGGCAGGUGAGGGUGAGGUGAGCGAGGCACGGAGGAAGGAAUGGCGUGAAGGUAAACACAGUAGUGAAGGGAUGAGUGAAGACUGAGAGGCCGGAGUUGUGUGAGGGGAGGGAGAUGAGGAGAGUGAAGGAUGCAGGGUUUAGUCCGGGAUAGGUGAAAGAAGUGAGGGAUGUGGUGUAGGGACUGGGAUAGGUAAAGGGAGCAAGGGAGGGAUGGUAUAGGGACCGUGAGAGGUGAAGGGAGAGAGGGAGGGAUGGACGGUGCCUGCAGGAUGAUGAGCCAGGAACCAGUUUAAAGGGAAUGAAUCCUUUGAGCCGUGUCCCCUUCCGCCCUUCCUGCCUGCCUCCCUUUCUCUCUCUCUCUCUCUCUCUCUCUCUCCCUCUCUCUCCCUCUCCCUCCCGCUCCUGUCUCCCUCCCGACCCCCGCCCUUCAGCAGCCACCCACUGCCUAAAGCUUUCACUUGCCCGCCCAGUUACCCGUGACCGCCCAGUCAGCACGCCGCCCCCCAGCCUCUCACUGCCUUCUGUUACUCUGACGCCCACGCACGUCUUGAACUAGUAAUGCGAUCUAGAGAGAGAGAGAGAGAGAGAGAGAGAGAGAGAGAGAGAGAGAGAGAGAGAGAGAGAGAAUAAGUAAUUACACUCAUCUACUUUGACCCUCCCUCCCUCAACUGAAUUCUCGAGAGGCAGCAGAUGUUCACGGUUUUAAUUAAUAUAGACUGGUGGUGGUGGUGGUGGUAGUGGGUGGCUCUUCCAAGACUGUGGUGGUGGUGGUGGUGCGUAGUAGUUCCUCCUCCUCCUCCUCCUCCUCCUCCUUCUCUCUUCCCUCCCACUCUUCCCCACACGCCAGCAUCCCCGCCACUCCCGCUAUCUCGCGCCACAUCGCUAACACUCAAGUGACGCGCACGAUAAUAGCGCACCAAUGACUUUUAGACAAAUAACGUACCAGAGAGAGAGAGAGAGAGAGAGAGAGAGAGAGAGAGAGAGAGGGUGCUAGAUAAACAGACUAAGCAUAGUUAGGAGGAAGAGUUUAAGAAGGAAGGGAUUUAAAAGAGGAGUAAAGAGAGAGGAGAGGUAGGGAGAGGGAGUAGGAGAAAGAGGAAGGUGGAGAAUGCACGGGGCAGCAGGCGUGUGUGUGUGUGUGUGUGUGUGUGUGUGUGUGUGUGUGUGUGUGUGUGUGUGUGUGUGUGUGGCUCUAAUAAUCCACUGACUUAACGCUCUCAUUCUUCCUCCUCACCAUAACUCACUCAUAACCCAUUACUUAAAACAUUCAUAACUUUAAAAGCCCAGAAGAAUUAUCGGACUUAAACAAACCACGUAAACUUACCGCUAAAAAAAAAAAAAAAGGAAAAUAAGAAAACAUAGAUACCAUACUUUAAGAAAUCUUCGACCGAGGUACUGCACGUGAUUCUGUGUGUGUGUGUGUGUGUGUGUGUGUGUGUGUGUGUGUGUGUGUGUGUGUUUAUAGGAGAAGUAAAAAGGGAUCAAGGAGUUGUUUACUAAACUCGCAGAAGAAGGUUGGUGGUGAUGGGAGAGAGAGAGAGAGAGAGAGAGAGAGAGAGAGAGAGAGAGAGAGAGAGAGAGAGAGAGAGAGAGAGAGAGGAUUGUAAGAUAGCGAAGACUCAGCUGCUUUACGCGUGUGUUGUAAGAAACUCAACCUCCUUCUUACGUCUUCUUUAAGGUCAAAGGACUCUCUCUCUCUCUCUCUCUCUCUCUCUCUCUCUCUCUCUCUCUCUCUCUCUCUCUCUCUCUCU